CCCAUGGCUCCCGUCCUCCAGGACACAGAGGUGACAGCCUCUCCUCCUCCUUUCCCAGUCUGGUGUGCUCGGUGCCUUUUAUCCGGGGUUUCGGCCCCGGCCUGCUCGCCGCAUCCCCUCCAGGUACACAAACUCCUGUCCUUUGUUGGGGCUCCACGGCCCGAGCCACGUGUACGGGGCUGCGCUGGGAUCACCAGCACUGCACGCCAGGGACUCUCAGGCCUGCCUUGGCCUGGGCUCAGGGGCCAGCCGGAUCUGGCUCCUCCACUCCUGGGGUGAGCACUGGCUACUUCCCUUCCUCCCAGGAGGAGGAGGAGGAUGGGAUUGUGUGCGAGCGUCCGUUCCAGCUCUGGCAGAGCAGCCGGGCUCCUCUGGAGCCGGCGUCCCCAGGAGGGGCUCUGGCCUCAGGGCUCGGCAUUUUAUGGGGCUGCGGAGAGGACGCAGCUGGCUGCGGUCGUGACACACACACCUCAGCGGGGGCCAGGGCCUGGCCACCCCUCCCUCUUCCCACCGGCGCCGACCAGGGAAUGGGCUGGAUACGGACCGGGAGCAGGAGCCUGGCAGCCCUCGGGGGACUCCGGCACCCCCAGGCUCAGCUGCGCCCACGCCGCCUCUCCCAGGACCCCCGUGGGGCUGGCGAGCUUCGCCCAGGGAUGGCGGGGAAGGUGACAGGGGUGUUCCCUCGCACCCGUCGGGCUCGGGUUUGUCUCCCAGCGCCCUUCCCGCUCCUCCGGCUUCCUUCCCGGCACAUGGCACGGCGCCCUCGCCCAGGCAGCGGCUCGGGGAGACAGACGGCCACAGCUGGGCUCCUGCUGCCAGCCCGGCAGGAGGGGACACGCCGAGCCGGAUGGCUGCUCCGUGCCCCUGCCUGCGCCCCAGGGGUGUCCCCAAGGAGCCGGGCGCUGCCGGAGCGUCUCAGCCCGCGCCUGGCGGGCGGUUUGGGGCUAAAGCCGGGAUUUCUGGGUCCGGUCGGCCCCCGUCUCUCCCUCCUCCGGCUGUCGGCCGCAAAGGUCAGCAGUGGGAGGCCGGGCUGGUCCUGGCGCCGGCCGGAGGACCCGCGGGGUGGGAUGGAGGUGUUGGCCCAGCGGGAGCCGUGGCAGCUGGAAAACUCCCCAAACCCAACCGCAGCGCUGGGUUUUGGGGAGGGGAGAAGGCAGCGAGGAGCAGCCCCGCCGCCUCGGCAGGCUGGAGACCCCCGGGGACGGGCCGGCGGCUUUUCCCAACUGCUCCAGCGCUGCUGGCGGGAUCUGCUGGCUCGGGGGGGGGAAACCAGAUACCCUGCCCUGCGGCUGGGGGGGCGAGAGGGUUGGCCCCACGCCGAGCGGACCCCCCCAGACACGCUGCCGGAGAGCCGGGACAGGGCUCAGUCCAUCCGUGGAUCGUUUGCGCAGCUCCGUCCGACACCUCCGCAGCCCCUCCGGAUCCUCAGGGCUGUGGAGUAUUCCGAGUAAUCCCCAUUUACCCGGGGGAGGGGAUCCAGAGCCCCCCUCGUCACCCCUGGCAAGACUGUUGGGCGCUUCCUCAUGGAUUCAACACCAAAUCCGCACUUCCCCAGCAAUAAAUCAGCCAGCAGCACGUCCGUGUGUGGUUCAUCCCUACGGGGGGGUCCCCAAACUGGUGCUAAUGAGUUCA